AUGGAUGGACAGAUUCACAGUAUUCCCGAAAACAUGCCGAUUGAAAGAAUGAGGAUGAGGCCAUGGCUGGAGAAGAUGAUCAACUCCGAGUCCAUCACCGGCUUGAAUUGGGUGGAUAAGGAGAAAACCAUGUUCUCGAUUCCUUGGAAGCAUGCAGCUCGGCAUGGCUGGGAGCUGAACAAGGACGCUUCUCUGUUCAAAGAAUGGGCCAUUCACACAGGAAAAUAUGUCGAGGGUCAGACUUGUGAUCCCAAGACAUGGAAGGCCAACUUCCGAUGUGCAAUGAACUCCCUGGCCGACAUCGAGGAGGUGAAACACCGGAGCAUCAACAAAGGACACCAGGCCGUGCGUGUGUUCAGGAUGCUUCCUGCAACUCCCAAAUCUAAAGAAAAACAAGCCAAAGCAAAGGAGACAAAGAAAAGGAAGAAGAGCAGAGUGGUAAAGAUGGAGGAGGACAGCGACUACAGUGACACCCAGUCUCCUAUUAAUGCCCCCAUGCCUGAAGAAAUCCUGUCCAGUCAGGACAACACAUGUGACAGCAGCGACAGGAAGAACCUGGCCCAAGAUGAUUUCCCUUUCGUGACUCCAGCCGAGGUCCCUGAUUGGUCUAUGUCACUUGAGAUUGCGACAGAAACCUUUUCACCGGACUUUUGCCACAGAUUCGAAGUUUCUCCUGACCACAGUAUCGACUACCCCAUUCUCCAAGACAUUAUUGACAUUUGCCAAGAACAGGAGAAAGACUUACAAAGGAUGUACUACGCAGACUACCAUGGGUCCCUGAGCAAUGACCCAUGCACAAGUCCAGAGAGCCAGUGGAGUGGCUCUUUGUCAGGAGAUGACCUAGACGACGCGCCACGGUACACGACUUUGGACACAAACUAUACAGCCCCAACAAAUGACUUAUGGGAGAUUUGUGAACAGAUCACAGGCAGAACAUAGAUCUUCAGCACUGGAUAGGAUGGUACAUUGACACUUUGGACUUUCAAGGGCUCUUCCUGUCCCCCCCCCCCCCAUCCACUCAUUAAGCUAAAGCGACGCCAACUCCCUGUUUCUUGGGUAACAGUUCAACGGACCGUGUUGAUCUCCCCCACUCAUCCUGUGACAUUUUGAAGUACACAUCAUCCGCGUCCGACGAACAGAGAUGUGUUUUUUGUUGUUGUUGUUGUUGUUGUCUUUAUUUUGGCUGGUUCAAAACAUAUGUGGUGACAGUUGACAAUGACUUGCUAUGGCGCAGAAUCUGUUGAAUUUAGGCAGGGCAUUACAUCUUCAACAUUCACGGCUGUUCAUAAUUUGGAGGUAAACCAACCUCAAAUGAAGAGGCUAGUUCCUAACAUGUAGUGGGUAGAUACUGCAAAGUGUCAAAUACUUAACAGUCUCAUGUUAUAUUCCGUUAUAUGUACAAGUGAACUUAAUAAAAAUGGGGAAAAAUACACUCUUGCUUUGCAACUCUCCCAACAAACCUAUUGGUGAAAGCACUUAUAAAAUAUCUGUUUAAGGUUAUAACAGCUGUGAUCAUUUUUGUAUAUAGUUGUGAUGUUUUUUUAUUGAAUAAAGAAAACCUGAAAAUAA